GUGUGUGUGUGGCAAAGAAAAAGGUGGGGGGGACAGGAGGAGGCUACCUGCGCGGACACUCAGCUCCGACACCCCGUCACUGACACGGAGGCGCUGCUGCUGUGAACUGCGCUGCUCUGCGCGGCACCAGCAGCAAAGGGAAACUACACAGUAGCCGAGUCGAGUGUGUUUUUCCACCUCGAUGCGCUGCGCUGCUCAUUUCCUGGAUUUGCUUUUGGGCAUGCAUGAUGAUCAUAAAGGCGAAUGAAGCGCUGUAAAACGGUGUAAAACGGUGCGGCGCACAGUGCGAGACACACGGCGACACACACUCGACUCGCGCUGAGAAGACCGAUAAUCAUAAUAUAUCCGAUGCCGCACGGCGCCCUCGGGACACUCGACUCUGCUGCUGCUGGUUCUCGGCGAAGAGAAGAGCUUCGAGGGGAGAAGAUCCGCGUGUUCAAGUGACGGCGAACAUCUCGGAGGAGCGACCGAGAGCCCCGGACAUGGACGGUUUGGGCAACAGUCUGGAUGACGUGUCAGCCGACAGCAGCACCGAGUUCCCUGACAGAGUCUCCCUGAUGGAGGUGCGUCUGCAGGCACAGGAGGACGAGAUCACGCUCCUCAAGUCAUCCCUGGCGGAUGCCCUGCGCAGGAUUAGCAUCCUCGACCAGCAGAUCCCCCUGCUCAAACAGCACCUGAUCUCAGUGAACCCGGCUGCAGCACGAGCCCUGAACCAUUCCUGCUGCCUGGACAGCUUCUCGAGGACCCGCAGGCUGUCCAGCAACUCGAUGCCUGAUGUCCCUCGGAGCUCCGUGAACAGCCAUCCGUCAAACUCCAAUCAGGAUGAGGAUUCGGAGGUCUCCAGGCCCCAUCUUCAUGCCCCCAGUCACGGAUACAAGACUGCUACCCAUGACAGGGCCACACAGACAGACUGGGCUCUCUCUCAGUCUCAGUCCAGCUCUGGGAAGGUCUCCUUGGCUGAUACUCGGGAGGUUCGCAGCCUUUCGCUGGAGGACGCUCUCCUGGCAGAUGCCCCGGAGGAGCCGCCGAGGCUCCAGGAGACCUGCUCUGAGGGUCAAACCUGGACCAGCGUGGUAGAGGAGCCCAUUCGACCCACCUGCGUCAAUACCCUCCAGCAGGACAAGGCCCACCAGGAGGAGCCCUGUGAGCCCAAGAGCAGCUCCCUCAAAGAGCAGGGCAAGGCCAAGGUGGACGGUGCCCCGCCUUCGAGCCGAGAGGGCACCCCAGGAGCUGCCGCUCCCAGCCCCCGUACUGGACCCUUGUCAUCCGUCCUGGAAAGCGACGUGAACAUCCUGGUCCGAAGGAACAGCUCCUCCGACAAGCUCGUGAGGGAGAUGCAGGACAGGCCCAAGCAGAAGCUCGGGAAGAAGGCGGCGUCUGCCGCCAACCUGCUCAGCCGAUCGCCGAGCCUCGAAAACCGAGCAAAGGAGCUUUCCAACUCAGGUUCCAGAAGAGGAACAUACAGCCAGGGUCAUUCGAUAAAGAUGUUCAUCCGUGGACGACCAAUAACAAUGUACAUCCCCUCGAACAUUCAGAAUUACGAGGACCUAAGGAUGGAGCCACCUGCGGAGAAGCUUGAGCUGGACUGGGUCUAUGGCUACCGGGGGAGGGACUGUCGGGCCAACCUCUACCUGCUGCCAUCAGGGGAGGCAGUGUACUUCAUUGCCUGCGUGGUGGUGCUUUACCACGUCGACAGGCGGACGCAGCGCCAUUACCUCAAACACACGGACUGUGUGCGCUGCCUGGCCAUCCACCCCGACAGAGUACGCGUGGCCUCCGGACAGAUGGCUGGAGUAGACAAGGACGGCAAGCCUCUGCAGCCCUUUGUGCACAUCUGGGACUCAGCCACACUGGUCACCCUGCAGCAGAUCGGCCUGGGCAGCUUUGAGAGAGGGGUGGGCUCUGUGGCCUUCUCCUAUGCCGACUCUGGAGCCUUCCUGUGUGUCAUCGAUGACUCGAAUGAGCACAUGCUCUCGGUGUGGGAUUGCAAUAAGGGCACCAAGCAGGCAGAGAUCAAGAGCACCAAUGAGGCUGUGUUUGCAGUGGAGUUCAGCCCAGCGGACAGCAAUAACAUUGUGACCUGUGGAAAAUCCCACGUUUACUUCUGGACACUAAGUGGUGGGACUCUGAGCAAGAAGCAAGGGAUCUUUGGCAAAUACAAGAAGCCUAAGUUUAUCCAGUGCUUCGUGUUCAGCGGGACCGGCGAUGUUCUGACUGGAGAUUCAGAAGGAAACAUCCUAACAUGGGGCAAAUCCGCUGCUGACAUCAAGACUCUGGGAAAAGGAGCCAAAGAAACCUAUCAGAUCAUGAGACAGACACGAGCGCAUGAGGGCAGCGUCUUCACCCUCUGUGUCCUGCAAGGCGGCGCUAUUCUCAGCGGUGGGGGCAAAGACAGAAGGGUCAUUCGCUGGAGUGUGGACCUCGCCCCUGAGAGAGAAUGUGAGAUUCCAGAAAAGUUUGGGGCAGUGCGCACCAUCGCAGAUGUGGAUGGAGAGGAACUGUUGGUUGGCACAACCCGGAAUGCUAUACUGAGGGGUACGCUGUCAGAUGGCUUUGUGGCCAUUGUGCAGGGUCAUGUGGACGAGCUGUGGGGCCUGGCCACCCACCCCUCUCAGAAUGUCUUCCUCACCUGUGGACACGACCGCCAGGUGUGCCUCUGGAAUGCAGAAGAGCAUAGGCUUGACUGGUGCACAACGCUGGAGGAGUCCGGGCUGUGUGCCGACUUCUGCCCCAAUGGAGGAGUGGUCUCUGUGGGACUCAACACAGGCAGGUGGGUGGUCCUGGAUCUGCAGACACAAGAGCUGGUGUCUGACAGCACCGAUGGGAAUGAGCAGCUGUCCGUCAUGAGAUACUCUCCCGAUGGAAGCUUCUUGGCUGUGGGGUCCCACGAUAACUUCAUCUACAUCUACACGGUGACAGAGGGUGGUCGCCGCUACACUCGCUUUGGAAAAUGCACGGGUCACUCCAGCUUCAUCACUCACCUUGACUGGUCUAAAGAUGGCAAAUACAUCAUGUCCAACUCAGGAGACUAUGAGAUUCUCUACUGGGAUGUGGCAGGAGGCUGCAAGCUGCUGAGGAACCGCUUUGAGAGCAAAGACCGUGAGUGGGCUUCCUAUACAUGCGUCUUGGGCUUCCACGUCAUGGGAGUGUGGCUGGAAGGAUCAGAUGGCACAGACAUCAACGCCCUGUGUCGCUCGCACAGCGAGAAGGUGGUGGCAGUGGCUGAUGACUUCUGUAAAGUGCACCUUUUCCAGUACCCCUGUCCCAAACCCAAGGCCCCCAGCCACAAGUAUGAGGGACAUGGCAGUCAUGUGACCAACGUCUGCUUUACUCACAACGACAGCCACCUCAUCUCCAUGGGUGGAAAGGACACUUGCAUCCUGCAGUGGAGGGUAACCCGAGGAGGACAGCGGUACACUCUGGACCGCAGUACCUCUGACUCCUCCACUUCAAUAAGCUCCCUUGAACCUGGGCCAUAAGUGGGAGAAGGGACGGUGGAGACUGAAGAGAGAGCAGAAGUGUGUCUGUCCUUGCCCGUGUUGCCCAUGUGAGUGGCUCUGGUGUGCGAGUAUGAGAGCGCGCAGGCAGGAGGGCAGGCUGCUGAAGGGGUGCUGACAAGAUUUUGGUAAGGUGGGUUCACACCGGAAGAAGGUGUUGAACAGCGAAAGGAAAUUCUGUAAAGAAAUGUUCUUGGGACUGUAAAAUGAGCAUAAGUGUGGAAGUCUGGGGUUCAGGACAGUGGGCACUGGUACCUUCGCAGCACAUCCUGAUGAACAAAGGAGGAGAAACGGUGGAGGGCGGGUGGGGCAGGACUUGAAACCCUUAAGGUUCACUGAGACAGAUCACCACCACUCUGUGGAGACUUACUUUUUGAAACGUAUCAAGGUCCUCUUGUUUGAUAGUUCUGGCUCUGCCUGCUUCUGAAAACUCAUCUGUGGUGUAAAGAACGAGUACUUGUCUGGAACGGCGCUCGGGACACAUGCAGUCGCAUUCGCGAAGGUGCCUGCAAAACGUGAUGUUUCGUGCCGACAGCUGCUCCUUCACAUGAGUGGUCAGCGGUGGUGAAAUGGAUUGUCGGGAGUGCUCAUUUUCCUCUGUAGAGUUGAGCAUGAAAUGUUAAAGGACAACGAGUACAUUUACCUUUGCACUCCUUGCAUUUUCUAAAUAUAGACUUUAGCGACAGUGAUGUAAUCUAGCAUUCAUACUGUUUUUACUGUAUUAGUGCCUCUAAUCAUACGCAGGGUUUUGUUAUUAUCACUGAAUCAUCUUAUUCUUUACUUCUAAAGGGGGACACUAUAGUACCGUUUUGCAUUCGAAAGUGCAGGUGUCGUCUUGUCAUUUAAGUGCCUCGGCCUUUAUCUGUUAUGCAUCUCUCAGAAUGGGCUGUUCUCACUCAACUUAGUCACUUUAUUAAUUCCAGUUCAGAAGGCAACAUGGACCAUGUUAAUAUUAAAACUAACAAUCUUACUAUUUGAAGAUAUUUUAGACCAAAUGAAUAUUGUUAGUUGACUUGACAGAUACUGACAUUUU